AUGCCAGGCUCUCUGGAGACGUGCCUCUCGGACCUCGACGGCUCCAGCAGUAGCAGCGCCAGCAGCAGCGCCAGCGACCUGUCGGGCUUCAUCACCGACGAGGAGGACUGUAUCAGACUUCACCCUCCAGCCUCCGUCUCCGGGACGCCCGCGCCUGCCCACGGUGGGGCCCCCGGCUUGCCCCAGAAGCCCGACGUGGUGCCCGGGACGCAGGAUGAGGAGCAGGAGCGGCGGCGGCGCCGGGGUCGAGCCCGAGUGCGCUCCGAGGCGCUGCUCCACUCGCUGCGCAGGAGCAGGCGCGUCAAGGCCAACGACCGCGAGCGCAACCGCAUGCACAACUUGAACGCGGCGCUGGACGCGCUGCGCAGCGUGCUGCCCUCCUUCCCGGACGACACCAAGCUCACCAAGAUCGAGACGCUGCGCUUCGCCUACAACUACAUCUGGGCGCUGGCCGAGACGCUGCGCCUGGCAGACCAGGGCUUGCCCGGGAGCGGAGCCCGGGAGCGCCUCCUGCCGCCGCAGUGCACCCCCUGCCUGCCCGCACCCUCGAGUCCCACCAGCGAUGCCGAAUCCUGGGGUUCGGGGGCCGCCUCCUCUCCCGGCGCCGCCAAUGCCUCGCCACUUUCUGAUCCCUGUAGCCCUGCCGCCUCCGAAGAUUUCGCCUAUGGCCCGGGUGACCCCCUGUUUUCUUUCCCAGGCCUGCCCAAAGACUUGCUCCACACGACGACGCCCUGCUUCAUCCCGUAUUAG